GGAGGUGGAGGAGAGAGGAGUCAAAGAGGAAGUAGAGAUGGCAGUCAAAGAAGAGCAUGAGAGAACAGUCGAAGAAGAAGUGGAGGAGGAGCGAGCAGUCACUGAAGAGGAGGAGAGAGCAGCCAAAGAAGAGCAGGGGGAGAGGGAAGUCAAAGAAGAAGAGCAGGGGGAGAGAGCGGUCAAAAAAGAAGAGCAGGGGGAGAGGGAAGUCAAAGAAGAAGAAGAGGAGAACAGGGAAGUGUCUGCUCCAGAUCUAGAGGAAGAGGAGGAAGAAGUAGAUAGUAUCACUGACCCAGGAGAGAGCUCCCAUCCAGGCUCAGACAGCGAUCCCAGUACCACAGCAUCAGGAAACCAUAAACGCAGGCAGAGGAACUCAAGACAGAAACAUCACCACUGCAUGGACUGCUUCACUGGUUUCUAUGAACCAAAGGAGUUGAGAAGGCACACUUGUAGGCCCCACCCCUGUUCAGAUUGCAGAGGCAGUUUUAUUUGUCCAACUCACCUCAUACCACACAAAAAGACCCUCAAAAGAAAGAAAAUUAACUCGUGUGGUCAAUGUGGGAAGAGAUUUCAGACACCAAGCAGCUUGAAGACGCACCAGCUUACUCACAAAGGAAAGAAGUCGCACCACUGCUCCCAGAGUAGUAAGAGGUUCUGUCGCGUAGACGCCUUAAAGUCUCACCAGAGAAUACACACAGGGGAGAAGCCUUUCCACUGCUCCCAGUGUGGGAAGACUUUUGGUUCGUCAUUCAAUUUGAAGCGACACCAGAAAAUACACACAGGGGAGAAGCCUUUCCACUGCUCCCAUUGUGGGAAGAGCUUCAGUGAUGAAGAAAGUCGAAAUAAACACCAAAGAAUACACACAAGAGAUAAGACUUUCCACUGCUCUGAGUGUGGAAAGAGCUUCAGUAAGGGAGGAAAUCUAAAGGAACAUCAGAAAAUACACACAGGGGAGAAGCCAUACAGCUGUGAUCAGUGUGGGAAGAGUUUCAGUCAAACAGGAGUCCUAAAGAGACACCAGCUAACUCACACAGGAGAAAAAACAUUCAACUGCUCCCAGUGUGGGGAGGGUUUCAGUCAGUCAAAACUUCUGAAGGGACACCAGCUAACGCACACAGGAAAGAAGCCUCACCACUGCUCUCACUGCGGAAAGAGUUUUAAAUUGGAAGGAAGCCUUCAGAGUCAUCAGAGAAUACACAGUGGAGAGAAGCCCCACCACUGCUCCCAAUGUGGGAAGAGCUACAGUUGGGUAAGAGACCUAAAGAAACACCAGAGAGUACACAAAGAGGAGAAGCCUUUCCACUGUUCCCAAUGUGGGAAGUGCUUCAAUGAGAAAGGAAAUCUAAAGCAACACCAGAGAAGACACUCAGGAGAGAAACCGUACAACUGUGAUCAGUGUGGGAAUUGUUUUAAAUGGAAACAAAGCCUGAAGGAACAUCAGAAGGCAAAGCACAGUGCAGUGCCAGACCAUGGCCUUAUAAUUGUGUUGCCAAGCUGGGCAUCUACAUAUCUAAUUAAUAUUGACACUAACCAGAUUUCCAUCGAACCUUUUUAGGCGAAGUAAGUUAAAAAAAAAUGUUAGAUUUUUAUUUGUUACAUCAAAACUUAAAUGGAAAAGUAGCUUUUAUGUGCUCUCUGUCAUCAUGCACUGUUUUUAAUCUGUCUGUUUGGUGGAAACACCACUGGUGGGAAAAUGCAUUUUGUUGAUGUGGAUUUUAGAAUAUUCACAUGAAAAUCUGUCUCCAAUUGGAUGGAAACCUAGCUAGUGUUGCACAUUUGUUAGGCCAAAUAGAUGUAACAAUAUGUCGAAUUAUGCAAAAGAGAGAGACUUCUGACAACUAAGUGACAACAGGUGGAGUCCAUGUCCGAGUCGAGUCACGAGUCGUGAAAAUCGUGAGUCCUGGUCUCGAGUACUACAACACUGACAGCUACUCUCCUUUAGGGAACGUUUCCUUUGUGCAAAUUGAUUACAUUGCCUUAUUUUUCUUGCUUGUUAGUGCUAAGUUUGGGCAUCAUUCAGGAUACCUGGUUGUAUU